AGAAGCAUGUUCAGAGCUGCAUCAUUGUUCCUCGUCACCCUCUCCUAUGCGGUUGCAUUCACUCCAAGCUCUUUCAUUCCUGCUGCUGGAAGGAAGCCCUUGGCCAUCUCCUCUAGGCAAACAACCCGUUCCAGCGUCGUUGGAGGAUUGAAGAUGGAGGACUCCUCCUUCCUUCGCAGUUCGCCUAAGCCAAAGUCGCUCAAGGACAAGGGUCUCUCCGACGAGGAGCGCGCUGCUGCUCAGCAGAUGGACUCUGAGGCUGCUUGGGAGGCUGCUCAGCGCAAGGCAGCUGAGACUGGGGGCAUCGCUGUUGACUUCAACCCGUACGAUCCUGAAACCGGCUACUGGCUGGGCGAGUGGAUCUGCGCUGACUGCGGCUACAUCUACGGGUCUCGUGGAGAGACUCAGCCCUUCGAGACCCUUGGAAGAUGGUACAAAUGCCCGCAGUGCGCCGGCCCUCGCCGUAGGUUUGCGAAGAAACUUGGAAACAAGGUGGGAGGAGCUUCUGGUGACAACGCUAUCCUCAUCUCUACUCUCAUUGGCCUUGCCGCCAUCAUCGGCGCGUUCAUCUUCGGAUUGCAGAUCUCGGCGUUCUAAACCCUUUUUCACAUUUGUGAUCAUGAAGACAAGGCGAUGAAAGUU